AUGCGAUCACAUUCAAGGACUCCUCGAAGUCCAUCUGUUUCUUCGUCGACUCGGACCUCAUUUCGGCAAAUUCUACGACAAGAGCUACUUGAAGCAAAAUUUCUCAGCUCAUCGAAAUCCCGACGAAAAGACGGAGCUUCAGCACCAUCACCAUCUCCAUCAGCCUCAUUCAUUUCGUUGGACGGCGAAGAUAUUGAACAUCGAGAACAAAUGGAAAGAGACCGAAUUGUUGCUAUGUAUGAUAAGGGCCCAGACAAUCCAAAUAUCGGACAAUGGGAACGCUCGGAGUGGGAAGGAUACAAAAGAGUGGAUAGAUACGGCUUUGUACAAAAAGAUCCAAAUUUUGUUCUUCAGGAUUCACCACGGAAAUUAGCUGUCGAGGUACAUUUUACUUUUAUAACAGAAGUUGAAUUCGCAGUUCUUAAAAACCCU